UUGGAUCCUCCACCGGAAGAUCUCCCCUACUGCGACAAUAUAAUUGUCGACAUUCUGAUUUUCAGAGAUGAAGCUCCCACUGCCACUCACCCUUGUCUUCUCUCUCCACCUUCUAAACGCUUCGCCAAUCCCCAACAAAUAUAGAAACACCCUCUCAGCAGACUACCACUUUUGCUACUCUGCAGCAUACCAGCCCGGCCAGCGCGUUGCUUUCACCUCCACACCCAAGACCCCCCCUCAAACGCUCUCAAACGCGCACUUCCCCUCUCACCAAACCUUCAGUCCUUCCUCUUCCGCCUCCGCGCAUCAAGCAGCCGAACAAGCCUUCAAUAACGCACCAAUAACGCCUUCAAAGCGCCUCGAGCGACGCCAAGCUCUCUCUGCCGAAGUCCCCCUAGAAUCGUCCUACCUGCUCUCGCUCGCCAACACUCCCACUAUCCUCGAACAGCAGGAUCGCUUUCCUAAAGUGAUCUCCGCCACCAACACUUUGGCUGCAAAAGCAACAAGUGCAUUACCUUAUUUACGGAAAGAGGACGCAAAGAAAUACUGGGAGACCUUGCCCCACGGAUCCACAUCUGGUGAACAUGAGGGGUACGACGAAAUUGUUGCGGGUGAUAAGAUAGCUGCGCUUGGAAGUACGAGGAUAUGCGCAGAUGGUUUCGCGAUCGAAGGCUUUUACUCCAGAGAGCCGACAAAGACCUAUGAUGAUAUACUGGUUGUUGGUAUUUUGGUACUGUUUUUGGUAGCCGUGGUCGCAUGGGACGCUGCGGAAAUAAUUGGUGAUGUGUUCGUUCCACUUACCUUCCGCCUUCUCUUCAUUUCAAAUAGAGCUGACAAUAUGUGCGUUCAUAAGUUUUGUGGCAUACGGUAG